AUGGCUGCGCUGAUAGCAUAUUUUCCUGUGGACGACAUACAAACAGUUACUGAAGAAGAGGGGGAUUUGUUCAAACCCAUAGAGUCAGCCACCGAUCAGACUGGGGGCGAGUACGCAAUGGAGGUAGAUACACCUGAACCAUUAUGGACUGUAUUUAAUGAUGGGUCAUCGAAUGUUGGUGGAGAUGGAGUUGGAUGUGUCAUCCUUACUCCUGAAGGUUCGAGGAUCGAGAAAGCGACCAUGCUUGGUUUUCAAGCAUCAAACAAUGAAGCUGAAUAUGAAGAUGCAAUUAUCGGUUUAAAGGCUGUCAAACAGUUAGAUGCGAAGAACGUGAAGCUGGUGACUGAUUCCAUGCUAGUAUUUAACCAGUUUCCGGGGACCUACAAAGCCAAGGAAGAGAGGAUGGCCCUGUAUUUGGAACAUAUGAGAGAGCUGGCAAAUAAAUUCGACCAAUUCUCUAUUGGGAAGCGACCACGGCUGGAAAACAGGCACGCAAAUGCUUUAGCAUAUCUUUCUUCCUCAGUGGAAACUGAUACCACCCGUUUCGUUGUAGUGGAUUUCUAA